AAUAACCAACUCAAGAUAAGCCCAACAAAGCCGAAAACAUUUUUUCCAUUUCUUUCAUAUUUUCUCUGCUUACAACACAUGGACUGGACAAGAGGCCAUACAAUAGGCCAUGGCUCCACAGCCACCGUCUCUCUAGCCACUUCUCUUCAAUCCGGCAACGUUUUUGCCGUCAAGUCCGCUGAGCUAUUCCAAUCUGAAUUCUUGCAAAGAGAGCAAAAGAUUCUUUCUUCUUUGAACUCUCCUUAUAUAGUUGGCUAUAGAGGUUGUGAAAUUACUAAAGAGCACAACAAAGUUAUGUACAAUCUUUUACUGGAGUACAUGUCCGGCGGUACUCUUAUUGAUGCAGUUAAAGCUCACGGCGGUGGUGAUGGCCGGAGAAUCGAAGAAUCGGUAAUCGGAUAUUACACUUGUCAAAUUGUGAAAGGUCUUGAUUACCUACAUUCUAGUGGAUUAGUGCAUUGCGACAUCAAAGGUAGGAACAUUUUAGUUGGAGAAAAAGGCGCCAAAAUUGCGGACUUCGGGUGUGCUAAACGGAUUGACCCGGUUGAGCCAGCGGAUAAAAUUAGCGGCGGUACGCCCAUGUUUAUGGCACCGGAGGUGGCGCGUGGGGAUGAACAAUCGUUUGCUAGUGAUAUAUGGGCUUUAGGUUGUACAAUUAUUGAAAUGGCUACCGGUGGUGGUGCACCGUGGGUUAAUGUGAAUGACGCGGUUUCUGUUAUUUAUCGGAUUGGAUUUUCCGAUGAGUUGCCAGAAUUUCCUUGUUGGUUAUCGGAGCAAGGAAAGGAUUUUUUGGAUAAGUGUUUAAGGAGAGAUCCAAAAGAAAGAUGGACAGCUAAGCAGCUUCUUACUCAUCCAUUUCUGGAGAGCUUCAAUUCCAACGUAAAACAAAUCCAAGAAUCUAAUUCAAGUUCAAAUUCUCCUACAAGCAUUCUUGACCAAGGAUUUUGGAAUUCACUAGAUGAACUAGAACCGGAAUCAGAGACUUCAGAAAAUCUGGACCACAAAAGUUCAGCUAGUGAGAGAAUUAGACGGCUGUGCCUGGUUUCAUCAGAGGGACCCAGUUAUGAUGAUGACGAUGAUGAGAAUUGGAUUUCAAUUAGAGGAAAUUGUAAAAUUGAAGACAAAGAUGAUGUGAUUAGUUAUGGUUCAGUGUACCAAGAAAGCAAUAUUGGUGGUAGUGAGCAAUUCUUGGACGUUAAUAGAAGUAGGUUAAGUGAGGAUUCUUUAGGUGGUUGUAAAUAUGGGAAAGAUAGUUUUUUAGUUAGUAGUGAUCUACUUAGGUUUGAUAGAGACAAAGAUGUGUUGUUAAUUCCUUCUAUUUCAAGAUUAUACUUACAAGUCUAAAUUCAUCUUUCUUGAA